AUGACUUUCAAUUUCCAAUCUUUCAAUGCUUCAUCUCAUGAAUCUAUGCUUUGGUUAUGCAUGCUUGAGGCGUAUGCAGAUGCUUCAUGGAAUUACCUCAUAGCUCGAUGUUUAUAUGGAAUUAAAACUAUUUCUUGUCUGAUGUAUUCAAAAUCUCCUUGGGGAAUCACUUGCGAAAUAGUUUUAGUCGUCAAGGUAAUCAAGAGUUCAAUUCAAUGUUUCAUGUUUGUCAUUAGAGGAUUAAAUAGUUAG